CCCUAACCCAGCCCAGAUAUAUAAACCACAACGAACAAACACAAUCGCUCUCGUGCCGAAGCCCUAAAACACCAAAAACCCUCUUCUUCUACAUCUUCUCCGGCGUAUUGUUAAUCCUCCGGCAAUGAAGCUCGUCCGGUUUUUGAUGAAGCUGAACAACGAGACGGUUUCGAUCGAACUAAAAAACGGCACUGUUGUUCACGGAACAAUCACAGGAGUGGAUAUCAGUAUGAAUACACAUCUAAAGACGGUUAAACUUACCCUAAAGGGGAAAAAUCCAGUGACCUUGGAUCACUUAAGUGUGAGGGGCAAUAACAUCAGAUACUACAUCUUACCUGACAGCUUAAAUCUCGAGACUUUGCUGGUUGAAGAAACACCCCGGGUCAAACCAAAGAAGCCAACUGCAGGGAAACCAGUUGGACGUGGAAGGGGUCGAGGACGUGGACGUGGUCGUGGUCGAGGCCGUUAAUUUUCCAAGACUUGUAUUUGGUUUUGUAAACAUUUGUAUUGUUGUUGGUCUGAACAUGGAUCCUAUGAUAAUCUUUCGAGGUAAUUUUUCUUACUGUUAAACUUGGCGCUUUAACCCUAUGCUCCUUUUAAUCCAAUGCUAUAACUAGCUUUUUUAAA